UGAGAGUUAUACAUAUGAAUCCUUUAUGGCUAUUCAGUAUAUAACUGCUAGUAGUGGUGGUUAUUGGGAUAUAAAGUAUUAUUUAUCAAUUAAUUAUAUUUGGGAUUUUUUUUUGAGAAAAUGUUUGGGAUAAAGGGUAGUGCAGACUGGUAGUGGGGUUGAAGAAGAAGAAGAAGAAAGUGGUUAUGGCUAUGGAGAAGGGUAAGGUAAGAGAUUUGGGUCAUCUGUAUGUGACGAUAUUUCUCUACUUCUUUGGAAACAUGGCUAUGAUUCCAGUCAUUACAGAUGUGACCAUGUCUGCUCUUUGCCCUGGUCAAGAUGAGUGCUCUUUUGCUAUAUACCUUACUGGGAUUCAACAAGCGAUAAUAGGGCUGGGAAUGAUGGUGAUGACACCCUUGAUAGGGAACCUAUCAGACAAGUAUGGCAGAAAAUCUCUACUCACACUUCCAUUGACGCUCAACAUUAUUCCACUUGUGAUUCUGGCGUAUAGCCGAGCCACUAAUUUCUAUUAUGCACACUAUGGGAUCAGAACUCUAACUGCCAUGGUUUGUGAUGGCAGCACCAUGUGUCUCGCUCUUGCAUAUGUGGCAGACAAUGUUUCGGAGCAUAAAAGAACCACAGCAUUUGGAAUUCUAUCUGGUGUUACUUCAGCUGCUUAUGUUUGUGGAACUUUAGCAGCUCGUUUGCUCUCCACUGCUUCAACUUUUCAGGUUGCUGCAGCAGCAACUAUGUCUGCAGCCGUAUACAUGAGAAUUUUCCUCAAAGAAAGCUUGCCUGAUGAGGAAGGCUUGUUGCAGCCUAUCUUGAAAGAUCAGCAUGACAUCGAAAAUAAUGUUGAAUCAUCGACAAGAACUCGGGUUUUUAAGAACCUUCCAACUCUGCAAGAUCUACUUUGCUUGCUGAAGAUUAGUAAGACAUUGUCACAAGCAGUAACCGUUUCCUUCUUCCUUAGUCUUGCUGAGGGUGGCUUUCAAGCUUCAUUAUUGUAUUUCUUAAAGGCUCGUUUUCGGUACAACAAGAACCAAUUUGCUGAUAUAAUCCUCAUAAAUGGGGUUGCAGCAACCAUUUCUCAGCUAUUUUUAAUGCCCUUGAUUGCCCCAGUUAUUGGAGAGGAAAAGUUGCUUUCUAUAGGGCUCUUUGUGGCUUGUAUAAAUACUUUUGUUUUCAGCUUAGCAUGGUCAGCUUGGGUCCCUUAUGUCAUCUCAGUGUUUGCAAUUUUUUCUGUCGUUGCAACCCCAACAGUGCGCAGCAUUGCAUCCAAACAAGUUGGCUCUGGGGAGCAGGGGAAGGCUCAAGGAUGUAUUUCAGGGAUAAGUUCCUUUGCCAAUAUCAUUUCUCCGUUGAUUUUUAGUCCUUUGACAGCUUUAUUCCUAUCCGAAAGAGCACCAUUUUAUUUCCCUGGUUUCAGCAUUAUGUGCAUUGGCCUUGCCAUGAUGAUUGCCGUCAUUCAAAGUACUAUGAUCAAACCUGUUCCCCACAUAUCAAAUCAGAUAACAAGCGCAUAGAAGAUGAGUAAUGAGAGCAUGGAUUCUCUUUCUCUGCUAGUCAUAUUCCUCUGGAAUCUCUAAUGAAGUCGAAGGAGAAGACAAGAAAAGUAAAAACAUAAGCUAAUGAGAUUGACUAGGAAGAAGUAAAAGUUGGCCACUUCAAUGGCCCCCGACUGCAUUAUAUAAUUCAUGUAUACAUAUGUUUUGCACAGUGUUAGAGCAAUGACAUUUAAAAUCCAGUCCGCAGAGAAACAUGUAAAUUAUCUAUUACUAAUGGCUAGACAUUGCACUAUAA